AUGGCAGCCUCAGUCACCUUACCCUCCAUCCAGGAUCCUCACGGAGGAAACUACUCUGGGCAGCCUCCGCCCAGCCGUGGCUAUCCCCCGGAUCCACGAUAUGCCUCGCCCAAUGGCGGUAACGGGUAUCCGCCUCCUGGACAAGCCGGCCAUCCACCCGGCUAUCUGCCUCCUCUGCAGCCUGGGUCUGAUCAUCGAUCCCCGGCCUACCCGCCAGAGCAUCGCAGCAGCUACUACGAUGACAGACGCCACCCUCAAUACAGUGACUAUCCGCCCGACUACUACUACCGUCAGGGGGGCCCACCUCCCAAUGGCUACCCUCGCGAUUAUCGCGGUCCUCCACCUGGAUCAUACCCUCCAGAUUUUGGCCAGGGAGUUGGUGCUCCAAUGGCGCAAGCGGCGCCGCGACAGCGGACCUCUAUCGCUUGUAGAUACUGUCGGAAGCGCAAGAUUCGAUGCAGUGGCUACCAGAGUGCCCCCGGAGGCAAAUGCCAGAACUGCGCAAGAAUGAACCAGGAGUGUAUUUUCCAGCCCGUCUCCUCUUCGAGCUCUACAGCCUUUGUCCCACUCUCCGCAGUUCAAGGCGGCGUUCCUCCUGGCACGCAGCUGUUCGGCGCCUACGGCCAACCUCUCGCCCCCAACUCGGUUCCUGGUGGGCAUCACUACCCUCCUCACCACGGAGGGCCACCUGCCCCAGGCGGCGCGUACUACGGCCAGCCUGGAAAUUCGCCGACCGAACCCUAUGCGCCCUAUGGUGGGGAUCCUCGAGAGGAUCCGUCUAUAGCUGUCGGAAAGCGAUCCAGAGAUGCCAUGGAUCGAGACGAAGACUGGCGAAGACAGGCACCUCGAAGCGCCCACGAAGACGACCCACGAAGACGGUCUCCGGCCGAGUUUUCCAGCACGAGCAGCCCUGGCGGUGGCAAGUACCCUUAUCCCGUACCCCGACAUAGCCCGCAUGCAGCCUCUGCAUCUACUGCUGGCGCUCAAUCUCGCUCUCCUGGUGGUCAAAACGGCUCUAGCGGUGCUUCAACCCCCGUUCGUCAACCUGGCGUGCCUGCGACACAGGCUCAGCAAGCACCCACAUCCAAAAUGAGCUUGAGCAACCUGACGGAAAUUCAAGUUUGGCAACAAACGCUCGUGUUUUACAAUUGCACGUCUUUUUUAAACUAUACGUACGAAGAUGGUAACGCCUCACGGCACAUAUCGUGCGCCUGGCAUUCAAGUGUGACUCGUCGCCUUUUGGGCAGGUCACCUCGAACAGGGGCCAGACAUUGCAUUGCAGACCGACGAUUUGGUUAUCUGACUUUAUGGGGUGGCUACCAACGCAAAGUCUCUAUCACCAAGCGAAAAUUUUCGAAGCUGACCGAGAAAUUGGCAGUCACGCUGACCGCAACGACUACUCCGGUCAGCUGUGCGGCUAUCAUCCACCCCCUCCUUCACAGACGCAAACUUCACUAA